AUGCUACGCACCGUUGUGCGAGCUGAAGUGGAGGGCGGGGUGGAGGAAGGGGUGGCUCUUGUGCCCUCCCCUCCCCCUCCCGCCCAGGGCAUCUGCGGCAUCCGCGAAGCCAGCGAGACGCUUGUCCUACAGCGCCUCCUCCUGGAGAAAGCUCCAGACAGACAAACAGGGACACCACCAGCCCUGAAAACCUUUGGGCGCCGGGAAGGUGGCACCCAUUGCCCGAGGCGGUGGCGCGGGCAGCUCGGGCGGGCGCCGGGAGGGCGGCUCUUACCCGGAGGCUGCCGAGCUGCGGGCGGUCGGCCCCGGCGGCGGCUGGAAUCCAUCAGGCUCUGCCGGGCUGCGCGCACCCUCGGCGGCAGGUUCGGGCUCAUGUUGCUGGAGGGACCGGGUGGGAAGCCCGCGGCCGCGGCCGCCCGGGCAGAGCAGGCGGGCGGCUUCCCGCAGGAGUGUGAGCCGCGGCGGGGGGCUCGGCGCCCGGGGCUCCUUCUGGGCUCCCUGCCGGCUCCGGAGGCAGCCGCGAUGGGCACCCGGGGCGAGCUGCCCUGGAGUCGCGACGGGAGCCCAGGCCGCUGCGGACCCCGCGAUCCCGCAGCCGGCGACUGGAGCCCACCUCUGCAGAGACAAAGCCAUCCAAGGAUUCAGCAAACACCAAAAAUAUGGAGGACAGACGCUGGAUGUGAAAUCUUAUGCACUGUAUUAAACAUGUUAUUGCACAAGGAAAUGGGCAAGCUGGUGUUCCUUCCUGUUCAGAACAUUUUACAUUGCUCUAUACACAUGGAACUGGGUAAAGAGAUUGUUCAAUUCUAAACCAUUCUAGAAACAAAUCUCAGUUUGCCUCUGCAUCA